GUAAUAUUUUAUAACUCUCUUCUUCUCUCCUCAACAUAUCAACGCUCCCUCGUUCAGUCUCAAGUCAGCUGGGUGUGAUGUCACCGCGGUUACGUACGAUUUUAUACAUCUUUUUUGCUAAAUUGUAUAUUGAAAGCUAAAUCUUAUAUUAAAUGUUUUAUACUUGAAUGUAUUUUGUCAAAUAUUGUUAUCAUUAAACUAUAUAUUCUAAAUGAAAAAUGAAUUAAUACAGUUUAACUUGUAAGACCCAGUAGGCCGUCGAAUACAAGUAUAAACUAGAUAAGCAGUCGGUUCGAAGUACGAGCAUUUGUUCGAAAAACGAUACAAAAUUUUCUCGAAAAUUUUGUUUGAAAAACGGAAAGUUCGACAUAUGAAACGUUCGAGAAACGAGGGAGGAUAUGUAUGCUCAGGAUAGCAUAGACUUGCUACAAAACUCGGGAUUACAGUUUAAAAAACAUGAAGAAGAUGGCAUUGAACCUGUUGACUUUGCCGAACUUUUAAUGACUUCUGGUAUUGUACUAGUCGACAAUGUGAAAAUGUUGUCUUUUCACAGUGGAUAUGAUUUCGGAUAUCUGCUAAAAUUGUUAACCAACCAAAACUUACCGGCUGAAGAAAGUGAUUUCUUCGAGAUGCUGAGACUCUACUUCCCUUCUAUAUAUGAUGUAAAGUACCUGAUGAAGUCCUGCAAGAAUUUGAAAGGAGGAUUGCAGGAAGUUGCAGAGCAACUGGAGCUAGAACGAGUAGGGCCACAACAUCAGGCCGGCUCAGACUCCCUCUUAACAGGAGCAGCGUUCUUUAAGAUGAAAAGAAGUACAGUACUGUUCCUUCAGAUAGGUUCAUCCCAGUUUGAGAGUUUUUUUUCAUUGUCUCCCACGUUAAGUAUUAUGUUUUUUGAAGAUAAGAUCGACGAUGCCAAAUACUGUGGUCAUCUCUAUGGCUUGGGAACAUCUUUCGUAGUUAAUGGUAAUUCUGCAUCAGCAUAUAAUGACAAUGGUCACACAUCAGAUUCAACCUCUAAUUCAUAG